ACUAAGAUACUCAGUUCCAAGUUUGGAGCUUUUAGCUGCCAGCCCUGGCCCAUCAUGUAGCUGCAGCACAGCCUUCCCUAACGUUGCAACUGGGGAAAAAAUCACUUUCCAGUCUGUUUUGCAAGGUGUGCAUUUCCAUCUUGAUUCCCUGAAAGUCCAUCUGCUGCAUCGGUCAAGAGAAACUCCACUUGCAUGAAGAUUGCACGCCUGCAGCUUGCAUCUUUGUUGCAAAACUAGCUACAGAAGAGAAGCAAGGCAAAGUCUUUUGUGCUCCCCUCCCCCAUCAAAGGAAAGGGGAAAAUGUCUCAGUCGAAAGGCAGGAAGCGAAACCCUGGCCUUAAAAUUCCAAAAGAAGCAUUUGAACAACCUCAGCCCAGUUCCACGCCACCUCGAGACUUAGACUCUAAAGCUUGCAUUUCUAUUGGAAAUCAGAACUUUGAGGUGAAGGCGGAUGACCUGGAGCCUAUAAUGGAACUGGGGCGAGGUGCGUACGGGGUGGUGGAGAAGAUGCGACACGUGCCCAGCGGGCAGAUCAUGGCGGUGAAGCGGAUCCGGGCCACAGUAAAUAGCCAGGAGCAGAAAAGGCUACUGAUGGAUUUGGAUAUUUCCAUGAGGACAGUGGACUGUCCUUUUACCGUCACCUUUUAUGGUGCACUCUUCCGGGAGGGUGAUGUUUGGAUCUGCAUGGAGCUCAUGGAUACGUCGCUAGAUAAAUUCUACAAACAAGUGAUCGAUAAAGGCCAAACAAUUCCAGAGGACAUCUUAGGGAAAAUAGCAGUUUCUAUUGUAAAAGCGUUAGAACACUUACACAGUAAGCUCUCUGUCAUUCAUCGAGACGUCAAGCCUUCCAACGUGCUGAUCAACACUCUGGGCCAAGUAAAGAUGUGCGAUUUUGGAAUCAGUGGCUACCUUGUAGACUCUGUUGCUAAAACUAUUGAUGCAGGAUGCAAACCGUACAUGGCCCCUGAAAGAAUAAACCCAGAGCUCAAUCAGAAGGGAUACAGUGUGAAGUCUGACAUUUGGAGUCUGGGCAUCACAAUGAUUGAGUUGGCGAUCCUUCGGUUUCCCUACGACUCUUGGGGAACCCCCUUCCAGCAGCUCAAACAGGUGGUCGAGGAACCCUCGCCACAACUCCCGGCGGAUAAAUUCUCCGAAGAGUUUGUUGACUUUACCUCACAGUGCUUGAAGAAGAAUUCCAAAGAACGGCCAACAUAUCCAGAACUUAUGCAACAUCCAUUUUUCACCCUACACGAAUCCAAAGCAACAGACGUGGCAUCUUUUGUAAAACUGAUUCUUGGAGACUAAGUACCGUGGACUCAGUCGGUUGGCCCUCCUGUGGAUUGGUGGGUUUACAGGGUGAAGAGGUUCACAAAAGCGCCAAUAGAAACUCAUCUUUGAGAUAAUUUAAUCCUGCCUCUCAGAAGGUUUUUUUUUUCUCUCCCCAUUUUCUUUCUUUUUUUUUUUCCCCUCCAAAGGGGGCCUUGGAAUCUCUAGUAUAGAAUGAACUGUCUAGAUGGAUGAAAUAUGACAAAGGCUUAGGACUUAAAAGGGUGAUUAAAUAUUUAAUGAGGUGUCAUAUGAGUCCUUAAGCUUCUCAGACUUCUCUUGUUCUUUAUGAAACGAAUGCAUUGGCCCUGGUCACAAGGUGCUACCAUAGUGAUGAAAUUGUAAGUAGAUCUGUAGUUUGUCCCACUUAUUAUUUUAAUAUUUAUGUUUCAGCGCUUGGUUGCAAAGAUGCUAUUUUAUGCAAGGAGGGAGAUACAAAAGACAAGGUUGGGUUGGCAAUAUUUAUAGGGCUUUUAUUUUUUCAGUUCAAUCGUGUCUGUGGUCCAGAAGAAAUUAUUUAAUAUGCAUCUUUAAGAGUAUUGUAACCUACCUGUUCCAGCUGUGGUGGCUACUUGCCACGUCCUCGGAUUUCUGCUCAACUCCUGGGUCAUAACCACAAUAUUUCAGGGGAAGUGGCGAGCCAUCCCGGUCAUAACCCUUUUCCUAACUUUGGAAAACAUAAAAUCACUUUGAUCUCAGAGUCACAAAUUUGGUUCUCUUGGCAUUUGUGGUAUUAAUGGAAUGUGAUUCGUAAUGCGAUUUUAUAUCACCUGUCUCUCCUCUGUGUGUGUGUGUGUGUGUGUGUAUUUGAUAAGUCACGAGCUCUGCCAAGUGGCUUCUGUGAACAUCUCUAUCUAGUAAAGAGGACGUGUGUCAAUUCUGAGAGGAGAUAUCAUGUCGAACCACACAGAGAAUCGGUGCCUUCUUCUGCUUCUGCCCCUCCUUAUGAUAUGUAAGCCCCAAGGAUUGCCUUUGUGGCAAUCCUUCACAUACCCUUUUGCUUCCUUCUUCUUUUUUAUUUCUUGUUCAAUAAAAAAGCCUUACUAUUAACGGGAGGGCUGCAAUAGAAGACAAUGAAAGUUCUUUGAUAAGGUGAGGAGUUAAUGGGGAGGGUUGAAUUCGUUCCUUGGAAUAGAUUGCCAGAUUUCCACAGGUUGAGGUGAGGCCACAUUUUUCUCCAGCAGCACGCAGUAGCUCUUUUGGCUGGAGGAGGCUGGUGCCCUUGUGGGUCCCUGGCAGGUGGACAACACAACGAAAGCCCUUUCUCAGGGCUAAAUAUGCCCCUGCGUUCUCUAGAUUCCUUGAGGAAAAAGGAGUGAAGUGAUACAGGGAAAUUGUAGACCGAUAAUAACAAAGAAACAUUGCUUUUGGACAUUGGGUUGAUAUAAGCCUAUUCUUGGAGGACAAGGAUGAAGAAUUCACAUUAAAAACGAAGAAGGGAACUCACUGUUUCUUUCUUUGCCUCAAGUUCACAGAUAUGGGACUUACUGCUCCCUAAAAUCCUCCCCUCUUCCCCUUUUAGAUUUUGAAGUGCUCUUUCUUAUUUUUCUGUGUCCGUGUUUUCCCCUUGACCUCUGUUUUACUCAUAGCAGUUGCUCCGAGUGAGUGUGGUACUUCCAUACACUUCUUUGUAUCCAGUUGAUCAAAUGUAGUUUCAUCUUCUUGAAAGCUACCUCUGUCCUCAUCUUUUUCCAGCCAGAAAAGGUGUGUUAUCCUAAUUACGGCCAUUCACUCUCCCACCCACCUUCCUAAAUCUGGCAGUUUCUCUCUUUGAGAUCAAGAGAAAAAAAAAAACAACACACACACACAACCGUAUUCCUUCCUUCCUUCAUCCAUCUUAUGAAAAAAAGCAAGUAGUAGAAAAAAAAUCGGAGGUCAUUCCAUGACAGUUUUUGGUGAAAUACAUAAAGGAAAACAUCUUUUUGCUCGGAGUCAGAGACUCUUACCUGCUGUUCAGUGUGGUUUCUGCUUAGAAACAGUCUUAACCGGCGUGUUCGUUCACCUGUGUAUGCCUCUCUAGUGUGUGGGCCCAGGGCCUCAGCUUGCAAAACAAUCAUACGGAGGUAGAGGAGGAGUUCAUCAAUGGUUCUCAGUCUCAUGCACACUGGAAUCUCUGGGAGCUGGUGAACACUACCAAUGCCAAGGUCCAGGGUGGGGCCUGAGAACUGGUCUUUCUCACACACCGUUUGUGAUUCUGAUGCACAACACGGUUGAGGACACUGGUCUAGUACCUUUGAAAGAGAGAAUUGACCUACAAUUUCUCAGAGACGGCACGUUCCCGGAAUACUGAUUUGAACCUUGGGAUACAUUUUCCCCAUAGAAAUGAUGUGCUCCAUGGUGAUUAGAUGUCUUCUGUGCUAACGUAGAAUGGCUUGAUGGUCUUAUGAGUCUAAAUUCUAGAAUGUGGGGUGUUUUUUUUUUUUUUUGAGAACUGUUACAAGUUCUAAACUAAUUUUAAAAUAAAAAUGGAGAUACACAAACCAUAUUUAAGUUGUUGGAAGUUGGAAGUUUCCUGUACGUACACUCAGGUUACUCGAUCCUCUAUCUUAACUUCGCUCAUUGUGUAUCAUGAUUAUUACUGUUUUUGCUCGCCUCUGGUUGGUUAGCUUUUUAAUGGUGGUCCUACCUUCCUUUGCUGUUGGUCACUUCUGCCACGUCGGAUGUCCUAGUUAGGGACGUGAGAUACUCAUUAGCCUCAGGAUUCGAGGAAGCCAGCGCUGAGACUAAAGGGGCUCCUGGUUUCUCCAAGAGCACUUGAUUUAGUGUCUUUGGAAAGUGAUGACAAAGGAGACGGAGAGGGGCUAAUGUUUUCACAGUUUUUAACACUAAAAAUGCCUCUGCUGACCAACAGCCUUUAUCAGCUCUGCUGAGAGAAACUACUCUGUUUCUUCCAAAGUUGUCUAAUGAAACGCUUUAUCUUCAGCCUGAAAGUGAAGUACAUGGCUUAGUCCCUGACUUUCUGCCCCAAUGCUUUUCUGGCCACGUGACUGCCUCCGACCUUGAAGGGAAGAUUCAUAUAUUCAUAGAAUUCACUGGAGUUGGUGGUCAGAUCGAGUAAAAUGAAUUAAACCUCUAUUGUGCUGGGGAUUUUGUCUUCUUAGUGUCUGUCUAUGGCUUAGAGGGCAAUUUCCUGGCUUAAAGCAAUCUUCCGUUUUUAUUGAAUUAGCAAGUAGAAGGUGCAGAUUUUUGGACCCCUGAAAAUUUACAUAUUCAGAUGGAAAAUUGCCAGAGUAAAAUCUAGGGCAAAGAAACUGCCAAACAAACCCUAUUAGAAUAGGAAAAAAAAAAAGAUAUUUUAUUGGAGAAGGUCUGUGUUCCUCUUGUCUAGGGGUGUGUGCGUGUGUGUGUGUGUGUUUUAGCACUGUUAAAUAUGCUGGCAGCUAAAGAUACUCUUUGGUUUUCUUUGGCUUUAAUUGGGGUACUCUGGAUUUCUUUAGGAAUCUGUUGAAAGCUAGGACCUUUUCCCUAGGAAAAUGCACAUGGUACAUGGAACACAUAGUUUUGCAAACAUUUUUUGUUGAGGGAAAGGGAAUGGAGUCCAGUUUAUAGACCCCAUAGGAUCAAUAAUCUCUGCUCUGUAGAAUGUGGGCUGUGACAUUCUAGACCAAGACUGGCAAGCUUUUUCUGUAAUGGGCCAGAUAGUAAGUAUCUUUGGCUUUGUGUCCCAUUAGUCUUUUACCACAACUUGGGUCUGCUGUUGCAGAACGUGGAGCAUCCGUAAGCAAUACAUAAAUUAACGAGUCUGUGCCCCAGUGAGGCUUGAUUUACGAAAUCAGGUAAUGGGCUGGAUUUGGCACACAGGCUGUGGAUUUCCAGCACCCAUCCUAGACGAUCAAAAUACAAAACUAAUUGAUGAGCUCUGUAUAUAGUUUUUCCAUUUAGUGAAUACUGAGCUCAGCCGCUAUUGAGGCAGAUUAGGAAGAUGGACAUAGGAAAUGAAUUUGGGAAGGGGGGAGAUGGUUCAGUCCAAUGGAAAUGGCCUCUUCAUUUUCUCAGGUAAGUAUUCCUUGCCCUGGAAGCCAAUGGGACAGUUUUCCUCAGUUGAGAUCGAGUACCUACUUUUUCCAUUUCUAUACGAUAGCCCAUAUAACUUACUUCAACUUGGAAAUAAAAGGCAGGCUUCUCUUAGACGGCAACAAUAUUCUUGUUGUCUCUGAGCUUUGCAUUUCAUUUCUCUCUGUGGUGUGAUGCCCAUGCAGGGGGAAUCAUGAACCCGGACCCUAAUCAUUUGGUCUUCCUUUCCUCUGAACUGCAUUAGGAUGUGAGAAUUUGGGAGGUCUUAGUGCCCUCAGAAGUAGAAGGCAGAUAGAAUUCUUAAAAUCUUCCAGUUCAUCCACCUGAGCUCUUUGGCCACCUUGGAAGAUAGUAAGGCAGACAAAGUUUGGGGUCAAAAUACUUGCUCGAAAGCAGACUCAGAGCUCCGGGCUUUCACUGUGACAGGAGACUUAGGCCCACCCCUUGAGCACUGUCAUAAUCGUCACUAAAUUUCUACCCCAAGGGGCCUAUGCAAAUGCCUCCUUUCUGAUGUGAUGAUCUUGGGUUGCCAGCCCUGGUUGAGUUUCUGGGCCGCCUCGUCUCUAGUGUAAGCUUUGCCUUCCCUAUGGGACCAGAACAACUAUAAUUUGCUUCACCUUCUAUCAGCACUUGUCCCCUUUUUGCCAAAGGAACCCUAUACCAAGACCUGUCUGCCACCUAGGCUGCCCAUUUCCCCUUUCUUCUCCCAGAACAGCCCAACACAUCUGACUUGAUGCUGUCAUCUCUUUAUUAUUCAGAAACAAGUUUUCUUCCUGCCGCAUCAUCAGGCAAACAUAAAUUAUACUUAGAAGAACAUUUGGAACUGCCUGAGUAUUAGGUAUUCGAUCUGGCAAUUUACGUGAAAGAAUGUUUUCUCUUCGCCUAGGGAAACAAAACCUGAAUUCCAGAGCCUUCAAAAAUGACAUUAUCCUUCUGGGGAAAGCACCUUGCCACCAAGCACAUCACUCACCACUCGUUCCUGGUAUCUGCAAAGAAGAUGAGUCCUUUUGCUGAGGUUUAGAGAGGCACUGUUGAAAGCUAUGCAAAUAUAAUUUGGGUUUUCUAAGGGACUCAUUUGGAAUCAACACUUAACGUCGGGGUUUAUCUUUUCGGCUCUUGACCCAAACUCUUUUCUCAAGCAAAAUUUCUCUAAAAGCCUCUUUCCUAUCUGAGGUGAAGGGGACUGCGCCCUAAGUAGAAACACAAAGCAAGGUCAAGGACUUUGUGGUAGAGAUUUUUUUUUUUUUUUAAAGAAAAAAAUAUCCCCUCUAACACAAAUAUGUGUUAAUAGAAUUAAAAAAUAUCCAACCUAGUUCCCAGGGACUGUCAGGAUCUUGACAUCAUUCAUAUUGUUAUUUGAAGUAACUACGACACUGAGCCCUUCAUCCUCGGGAGUUUGCAGUGAGGUCUGGGGAGAUUUGCAUUGUGUUUCUGUCUUGGAGGUGUCAGUAUGGAAAGAUUUCUCUGUGGGCUCUUUGUCGGGAUACAUACAGGUUUUCCCCCGGGUCCACUUUUGUGUUUCUGGACUCAGGGUCUCUUUCAAGGAAUGAGGCUAAUGCUCUUCUGACUUGGAGACGGAUUUCAGGGAACGAACGGGAAUGUUUAGGCAUGUACUUGCGUCUUAAUGUAGGAAGCAGAACUUCCUAACUAGCCCCCAGAGUUUGUGGCUUUGACCAAGCCACGUGGUCCUUCCUGGUUCCCUUGAUUACAUUUGCUUGUUCGUCCUGCACCAGGCCCACGUGACCUGGGCCGACUGAACGCUUCUGUGUAAAGGAACAGAUCCAACUAAGAAUCGGCAGUUUUGCCUUGGUUUGACAACGUGGAUUCCGUUGUUCCCAAAUCUUGAAAAUGUAAGGGAUAUCUAAGAGAACUUUUAGCAAAACCCUCAUUCAGACUGUAAGACCUUAUAAUAAAACUUCCAUUCGGCCUGUACAGAAGGACUGCUGGAUUGGGUAUCUUCCUCUGAAGUAAUUGUGGCCGGAAAUGAGCAGUUAGCAUCAUUUGGUCAUUAUGAACAUUUGUUUGUCUUGGGGUACGCAAGGUAUGUCAACAAAGCAAGUCAGGCCCCUGCAUUAGGAGAUUGUCUGUCGACUCUGGACUUUAAGCUGAACAGUGAUGUGAAAUUAGGUUUGGGGGCUGGGAGAAAGGAUACGUGCAAGGAGCGAUGCUUAACCAGGGUCCCCAUGAUAGAAGAAGCUGGCAGACAGGUGUAUCCCUUAACUUAUUUUCAGUAUUACUAUGGACAUGAUCUCCUCUGGAAAGACCUAUCAAAAAGCUAAAUGUUAAUUUUUUUUUUCUUAAAAAUACUGAACUUUAAAGAAAUUUAGAGAGUGGCACUGAUUUGGAUCUCAGAAAAUUUUCUUGUUUCCCUAGUAUUAUUGAUUCUGCUGAGUCACCAGCUUAAACUGGUGACACCCAGAAAAAAAGAUAAAUGAUUAGUGGCCUUACAGCAUUUUGAGAGUAAACAACCCAUUGGUCAGCUACCCUCUGGGUAAAGAAAUAGGAACACAAAACCAAGCCCCUUAAUCUCUUGUUCUGGUGGCUGACGUGGACAGAAGGGUGAACACCAGAGCUUCUCUGACGUGCAUACUUUCUCCAGAAGGUAGAGGGCUGUGAAUGUUCUGAGAAAAACACUAUAGGUCUUCAUCAGGAGAGGAGAAUUGAUAAAUCUUAAAACAUAACACUCAAAGCUAGUUUGCAUUUUCAGAAGCAGGGAAUUGUGUGGAAAAAGUGGUUUUUACUUUCUUCUGAUCUCAAAUUGUCUGACCUAGUGUGUGUUUGGUACUUGGGGAGAGAGGGCACAGAAGUGGUUUAUAGACUGUUCCGUGGUACCCCUGGGGGUCUCUUGUCGUGAAGGGAAGACCAUUUGAUGAAGGAUGAAGAGUGUGAUGCCCAUCUGAAAACCCCAUCAACCUCCAAUCAGAGUAUUUGGCUACCAUUAUUGUUCCCCUUAACUGGAAAGUCUUUAAGGCUAUUAAAGGCUUGGGAACUUUGGUUGAAAUGAUUACUUGAAGACCCGCCAAAGAAUCUGGGAAAUUUUCUAGCCAACAAUGCCUGCCCUGGCUUCUGCUACAUUCAGGAUGCUAACAGGGCUUGGAGGCUGAAGGGCCAAAAGAGAGGGCCAUUUAUUUAAAUUUUUAAGCAUGAAUCCUUUGAAAGAAAAGGCAAAACAAUCAAUAUGUGAUGGCCAGGCAUAGAGAGUCUUGAAUUGCUUAUUUUUCUAAAGUGGUUGCAAAUAGCCUGAUCUCAGUGGCAAGGAGGGGCAAGCCUGGGCUCUCGAUGGGCCAUGGAAUAUCGAAAUUUCUACAUUUGCAGGGGCGGGAGUUGCCAUUUUUGUUCAUUGACGUGUAGGAAAAAGUACAGUUUGGGCACAGAGAAGGGUCCUGUGAGAGAGUCAAGCUAACGAUUACCCUCGCUGGGGUUCACAGGUGAACGGUAAUGGGAAACUGAUACAGCCUUUAGAAGCUGAAAACUGGUGGUUUACCUGUCUCGAACUGAACCCAAGGGGAUGCUUCGGCAUGGGUUGAAACCUGUCAGGUGCCUUCUACACGCACAUGGUCUGUGGUGGAUUCUGAUAGUGGCACGUUAGCCGGUCAACCAAAUUUAACAGCCAGGGUUUUCCGGCAGCCAUUUUAGACCUCUGUGUGUGUCAGAAAGUUAUAUUUGGCAACAAUUUAUGGAGUUCUUGGCCAAUCUCUCUGUAAAAAGCCACCUGAGGAGGUUCAGUUAAGAAAAUUCAGACAAUUUCUCUGUCAUCAUACCCCUGUGUUUAGUUUUUUCUAUAGUCUCAAGUUUAUUUUCUGAGUGAUUUUCUAUAGGAACCAAAAUGAUGUUUUCGUAAAAUAACAGGUAUUUUUAAAGGAAAAAUGUCUUCGUUAUGUAAGUACCUUCCAUGAUUGGAACAUAUUUCUUACUGCACAGAAUCAUCACAUUAGGUCAUUUAAAGCUGAGAAAGGUGUUAGGGAUGUAGUUCAAAUUCUUUAUUUAAAGACACAAACAUUUUUCUAUAUAUUUUGUGAAAAUCCUGAUGGGAUGCUGGAUGUAACUUCUGUACAGAAUUGAACUUUACAAGAAUUUUAGUAAAAUAGGCGGAUUGCCCCAGAUUCCUUCGUGCUUUAGUUUCGUCUCGGAAAAAUGCUGCUUCCAGUUAUUAAUCUGGUCUUAUAAGGAAAAAAACCAUACAUACUUUUCCCCCCUUACAUUGUGUGAAUUUUAUGAUAGGCGUUUUCUAUUUGUAUAUAUGAUUGUUCUCCUGUGUUGUACCCCACAUUUGUUGGUAAGCCAUGUUUACUGUGAAGACAGCUGUAGGGCAAGUGGACACAUGCCUGGUCUUUACAGUCCCCUGAUGCUAGGAAAGAAGUAAUUCCGUAUGUUAGUUAAGAGGCCCUGCAAUCUCUUCGUAAUACCUAAAAUAUUAUGAAAGGAGAUUUGAGAGGUUGUGCACCCCUAUCCUUCGAAACCCAUCUCCAGCACUGUGUCUCUGGGAAGUGUGAAAUAGCAGAAUGACUACCAUUUUGUGGAUUCCCUCAUUGACUGACUCCCCCAUCUUUCCUGCUAUAUGUUAUGUGCUGCUAGCUCUGCCUGGUGGAAAUCAUCUCUUCUUCAUGGAUGGCACUGUCCUCUCUUUAUGAAUGAGGCAGACUGAACUGCCCAGUGUGGAAUUCAUUAGAAGUUCAUAAAGGCCUGUGAAGGAUGUGGGUGGAAUGAGGUGAAUGUGAAAUUGAUGCUUUGGCCCUGGGAACUUUUUGCUUGUGAGCUGCAGAGCGAAAGGAGUCAGGGUGUAUGUACUUCAUUCUGUUUCCCUAUAAGGAAAUGUGUGGGGCUGCUCUCUUCAUUUCUCACCAUUGUCCAGGAAAGGGAAAUUAUGACUAUCAAUUGAUAACUUCAGUCAAGCUCUAGGAUUGUAUUAUCUGUUUUGUGGGGAAGCAUGCCUUUUGUUGUCUUUGCCGUACCAGCUUUGGUGACCACCAUGCAUUUUUAUUUUAGCGUAGUUUUCCUGUUACCUAGGUUGUGUGCAUUGGUGGUGGUGGUGUUUUCUUUUGAACUACUGCUGAUUGUGAACGGUGAUGUUAUCUCAAAAUCCUGAAACCAAGGAAAUAGCCAAUGCAUAGGACUUGGGGUAGAUGAAAGCAUUGGUGUUGAUGUAGGUUAAGUUUUGACAGAAUUAGCAGAAAUAUACUGAACUGAGGGAUAAUGUGGCUUUAAAGACCCCAUGUUUGUUUUUAACAUUUGGAGAAGCCACCUGUCCUAGGUCCUUAUUUUUGGGAAAUUCAUCGUUUCAUGCAAAUACCAUUGGUGGGGCAUACUUAACAGCCUGGAUGACUGGCUUCUUCUCAGUCAGUAAACGAGGAAUUCUAAUAAUUGCCAAAGGUGGGGGGUAAUUUUGCCUUUCAUAGGUCAUUCUGUGGUGAAAUUUCCAAUCACAGUAUCUUGUAAAAAGCAUAACAUUAUAAUUUCCCUUCUCUUUUCUGAUCUAAGAGCACAGUAGAGGAAGAGUAAAGUUCUGAUGUGAUACAAAAUAGUUCAUUGACUCUGUGUUUUUGACCAAGGAAAUGGCUGAGAUGUUAAACUAAGUGGUUGUUACAUGGUUCGUAUGGUGACCUCAAAAGGAUAAUGAAAUUGGGACAUUCAGUCAAACUGGGACUCCUCUGUUGAUGAGGAGCUUGUACUUUGAUUUCCUAUCUCAGGAUAUUCUUCAGUUUCAUACUGCUGCUGAGGAGGAAGGAGCGAGCGCAGACACUGUAACAGUCUCCGGAUGUUUGUGUGUGUGUAUGCAAAACUUCACACUGUGUGUGUUGUGUUCAAUGUUGUGUCAAUCUAUGAACUGACUCAAACAACAAUUUGAAGAUAGAGAAGACAGGAAUAAUGGCAAAAGACACCCAUCCACCUCUUUCUGUCAAAGUGCUUGCUAUGACUUUCAUAGCUAGGCCAAAUAACGUACCGUAUUCAGGAGCAAGGUGUCCUUGAAAGAAAUGGUGUGUUGAUCUCAUAAGAAAAUGUACAACCAAUAAAAGACAUUUAAAAAA